CUUCAGUAGUUACACAACCAUUGUUCAUCUAAACAAAAUUUAAGAAAAAGUAAAGCUUUAUAUUCUUUGUAUUGGAUUAGUGCCACUGGACCUGAUAAAAUGUGUUCCUGAUUGCUUUCAAAAAUCUGGUGAAACAGAUGAAUGGCUGAAUGUCUGUUUCAUUUUCAAAAGUUUUAUAUUAAGAACUGAUCGUCAGUAAGAAUAUAUUUUUUUUCUAUACUGUCAUAUCUUUUAAUAUUUCUUACCAGUUAUCCAUACCUUUAUUUUAUUAUAUUAUUUAACUAUCAUCACCAGUACCUUUGUCCAUUGCUCAUCCUUGCUUAGGAUCUUUAUAUUUUCUACCAAUCAUGUCAUCCACCAUUUGUAAAUUGUGGUCAAUUUUUCAAAAUUUAUGACUGGUAAGGAUCAGGAGCAAACUACCAUCUUUGGUACGUAACCACCACCUAAGAUAGUGAAAUAUUCCAGCACUAUUCAAAUUUUUUUUUUAUAAGAAACAAAAACAUAAUGUAGGCCCUUUGGGCAUUGAAAAUAUAUGCUUUUGAUGCAAGAUGUUCUCAGAGUCAAUUUAUUACAAAACACAGCUUACAGAUACGUAAUAAUUAGUUUUGCUUCACUGAACAGCAUUAACAUUAAAAGAAAAUAGGAUUUAAAUUUACAUUUUUUUUAUUGCCGAACAUAUUCAAAUGUCUUCAGCCUCUAAAUUUAAUGCAAAGAAAACUGUAAAACAUAUUUAGGUAACCAGUGGGCAAGUUUGCAAAAGUUUGACUAAAACUAUAACUGGGCACAUCAGUUUUAAUGUGGUAUAGUCAGAGCCACAGUGCAAGAAAUAUCUUACAAUACUUACUUAUAGCACACAGUGAUCAGGGCCCACAAAUAAAAUUUAACUGACAUGCUAAGCAUGGACAGUAAAAGCAGAAAGUUAAUAUUUACUUCAAUGCCAUUCGCUUAUUUUCACACAGUUUAUUCUCGAUCUUCUCGAAAAAGUGAACGCAAGUAUAAAAAAUUUAAAUCUAGAAAUAUUACCAAAAAUUCACCCAUCAUUGCAAUCGACUCGAGGCGGGCUUGAAAGAAAAUGGAAAUCAUUGUAAAUUAACGAUAAGUGUUAUAAUAAUAUCACGUAAGACGGCUUUCCAUGGAAUUUCAUCUUUGGCGACAUCAAGAAUUGAGGGAGAAAAAAAACACGUUGCCAAUAUCUAAGACCCGUGCGUGGAUCCGUCCAGUCCGUUAAUGCAUUGACUUCUGAUUGUGGAACCAGCAUUUUUUAAUAACACUUACGUUUCUCCAUACACUCUCACAGGGAUAAACAUGACACCAAUGAAUCGACUUCCAGAAUAUCUCUAUAACAUCGGCGACAAAUUUUUAUUUUAUCUCACUUUUUCAUCCCGAUCGCUUUCGGCGCAGGGACAAUGAUAUAUAUGAUUUUCAUGAAUGUUAGUUGGUCAUACUGAUGAUUCCUGUACAUUCUGUGGUCCAUUUACCCUUCCGCACCCCGCAGUGCCCCCUAGUGUCAGCUAAGCCAUACGUCACGACCAUAUGAUCAGUUGACCUCUGAAAUCUGGUCAAUUGGUAAUUUGACUUUUAUGUGCUAUGGCUGGAAAUUCGUAUUUAAGUAACCCUGGCAAUCCAUUUUUUUCUGUGGAAGACGAUGACGUGGAUGAUGAAACGUUUCUUCGCAAUUCCCGAGUUCCACAGUCUACCUUCAAUCCGGCCCAAGAGCGAGAUUAUCUGGAGCAGAAACAUCAAGAGUUGUUGGAAAGAAGACGCCAAAUAGAGGACCGAACGAUUCAAUCAUCGGAAAGAUCGAUUGGUUUAUUACGCGAUUCAGAACAGAUCGGUGUGGCAACUGCAGAGGAAUUGUUGCGACAGAGAGAACAACUUGAAAGAACUGGGAAAAGAUUAGAUGAUAUAAAUUCGACCCUUCGUUUUAGCCAGAAACAUAUUCAAGGGAUUAAGAGUGUCUUUGGAAGCCUGAAAAACUAUAUAAGUGGAAGAUCGGGAGAUCCUGUACCCAAUACAAAACCAAAAGAUGGUGACAUUGAUAGUGGCGAAGGUUCUGGAGUCAACAGUCCUCUGACAAGUAUUAUUGACAGAACCAAAACAACUUAUGGUGGAUCGCCCAUGGAUAAUCAUCCAGGUAUGCGAACCCGUGGACUUGUUGAAGAGCAGGAGCGUUACUCAUACAGCCCUUCAGUUGACAUACAAAAGAGAUUAGAUCAAAAUAUGGAUGAAAUGCUGGGUUCCAUAAGUCGUUUGAAAGGAAUGGCUGUAGGUCUUGGUGAAGAAAUUGAUUCACAAAAUGAUUUAUUGGAGGAUAUUAUGUUCAAAACUGACAAGGCAGAUUUGAGUAUUGAUAAACAAAACAAAGACAUGCAACGAAUCUUGAAAAAGUAGAUACAUUCCUGUAGAAUAAAGAAUGGCCUAUGGAUUUUUUAUUGAAGUGUGUACCCAAGAGAGAAAGAAUGUUUCAAUAAAGUGCUCAAUAUAAAAUAUUAGGAUGAAAAUGAGGGGAAAAAAAGUAAUUGUAAAGUGUCAUUGUCGUCCUUGCACACUAGUUUUUUAGAAUUGUGUGUAUUUCUAAAGAACGUUUUAUUUCUUUAGUCUUUUCUUUCCUAUUAUUUUCUGCCAAAGAUAGGAGAUCUGUCAGACCUAAUUCCAGUUUGUGGCUAUAAGGAUGUACAUUUAGUGCCUACAGAAACCGAAAUAUGUUAGUUUGAGUUUUGUAAUUAUUUUCCAUUUCAUUUCUUAAAUUUACACUUUAAAUUUUUCAAUUUUAGUUCUAUAUCUUUUCCAUUGUCUAUUCUCAAUAUUUUUCAUGAAGUUUUUAAUAUUUUGAUAUGCUAUUAUUAAGGAUAAUUUGAAAUGGUUAUAUAUAUAGUAUUUUGUUGUUGUGGAAUCCACAUUUAUUGUUCUCUCUAUAAUAGAUUUAUUCAUUGUGUGUUGUGUAUAGUAGUUCGUAUUCCAGGAAUGUGCCCAUUGAGUAUGAAAUGUAUUGUGUAAAUGCAGAGUAUUCAGGUUUUAUUGUUUAUCAAUAAAUAGUGCAACAUAUUCUCUAAGUUUUGUUAUAAAUGCAGCUUGUUAUGAAAUAUUUACUUUUGUACUGAAGUGGCAAGUGGGGGGAUUUACAGAAUAAUUUCCCCCUCAGAAGGUAAUGCAAUCUUCAAUUUAUUUUACUUGCAAAUACAUUAAUUCAUGUUUAUUUUGAAAACAUUCAGUAUUGUGCAGUUAGUAACAAAUAUGAAAAUUUAUGAAAAUAAAUUUGAUAAUGUAGUAAUGGAGUUGUUAGAAACAACAUACUUUAAAUUGGGAUUUUAUGGAAAAAGUCUCCCCAUUAUAAAUAUUCAUGGAUUUGCCUUGGACUUCAAUGAAGUGCUGUUUUAAGUAUUUCUUUAGAGAAUGAAGGAUAAUAUUCAUUGCUCUUGUACUUAAAUAGUAAUCUUGAUGUAUAGUUGUGAACAUUUUUGCAUAUUUAUUUUGUAUGCAAAAUUUCAAGAAAUAAUUGGUAUUUUGUGAAAUUGUCAGUUGGAAACAUUCCUAAAAGUGUAGGUCCUAUUAAUUUAUUUCUGUCUAUUAGUUUAGUACAAUGUGUUUGAGAUAAAAUUAGUGUACCAGACAGUUAGGGAAAAUAAUCUAUUAGAUAAUUAUAAAAAACUCUAAAUUUAUUGUUUAUGAAACACUGCUGUCAAUUGUCAUAUGGUAUCCAUAUAGAUAUUAUUAAAAAGAAGUCUCCAUGGUUUAUGUUAUGGGUGUUAAUGAAUGUUUUUAGAUCUGUUGAGUGAUUAUCUUGAAUGAAGAGUUCAGCAAAACUAAUGGAAGUGAACUGAUUUGUGGUUUCUUGUAAACAGAAUCAUGGAUAAUUUUGUAUCCAAUUUGUAUAUCAUAUCUCUUUUGUUUUCUUGUUUAAUAUGUACAAACAUUAUUUUCACAUUAAGAAUGUAAUGAACAGUUUAUACAAUCCAGAUUCAUUCAUAUCAUUUAUAAAUAGUAAACUGUUACUUGAUAUUGGAAAUAUAGUUGCUUUUAAUGCUCAUCUGUAAUUCAUUUGAAAUCCUGCUCCUGUAUACCUGACAUGAACAUUUUAAUGGAACUCCACACUGAUAUGUAUUGUGCAAUGACUUUUGCCUGGAAACAUAAUGCCACAAGCUAACCAUAUUCUUUAAAUGGUAUGUCCCUGAGCACUGCCUCUAACAUCAUUUAUCAGAGUGAUUUUUGACUCUAAACUUGAUUUUAAGGUACAUAUUACUGUUACAGUAAAUAAAGCUCUGCAUUCCUUGGGUCUGAUUUUGCGCAACACCAAAUCAUUCCAGUCCACUGAUAAAUUAUUAAUUCUUUAUAACACUUUGAUUUGUCCUAUUUUAGAAUUUGCCUCUGUCAUAUGGUUACAUUACACUAAUUUAUAUAUCAAUCAUUUGGAAAAGGUACAAAGUAAAUUUCUGUGCCACCUAGCUUUCAGAAACGGGACACCAAUUCAUAGAUUCAAUCAUGACCUUUCCAAAUUCUACAAUUUAUUUAAAUUGGAAACUUCAGGGUAGAUGAAAAUUCUAUGAUUUAAUUUUCUUCCAUAAAAUAGUACAUGGUCUCAUUGAUUGCCCAGAACAUCUUUCUCUUAUCUCUCUUCAAAUCCCUGAGAUUAGAACGAGAAAUUCUACCUGCUUCUGGGACGAUACAUCUACUAACUACUGCUAUUAUAUCUUAAAUAGAUUACCUAGAACCAUAAAUUACUAUGCCAAAAGGAUUGAUUUUUUCCAUCACAACUUCAAAAAUGUUUGCAUUUGUCUUAAACUUUUUUUUUCAGUCCUGACUUUACAUAAGUGUUUUGAAAGACAACUUAAUUUUUUU